GAGAAAACGAAAUUUGAAUUUUUAAUACCAGAAGAGAUGUCCUUGGUUGUUUAAAUCGUCAACUUACAAAUUAAGGUCACACAAACGUUUAAAAAGCAUUCGUAGUAUUCGUGCACUGAUAUCGUGGUUCUGUUGAGGAAGCCAACUUAAAACUACAAAGCAAAGGCGCUUACUACUGUAUAGAAUGGGAGGCUAUCGUGAUAACUCUAGCAGUGAUGAGGAUAAGAGACGUCGACGAGGUUACUGCUAUAACACAAAUCAGAUCUAUGGUGUAGGAAAUCCAGCGUACGGUUAUCCACAACAACCAGUUUAUAAUUAUGGUGCCAGAAGACAUAGUGGGAGUUCGGACUCGGACCAUUCGGAUCACCAAAGAGGAUAUUCACGGUACCGAAACCAAGGAGGGUAUGGCGCAAAUUAUCGACAUUACUCAGGUGAUCGUCAUUCAAGUUCUGAUGAAGGGAAACGAAGCAGAAGAUUUUACUAAGGGACACUUAUUACCUACAACCAUUACUGGGUGUUCUUCUUUUUUGAAGAUUAAAAAAGUGUACAUCUUUUCAUAUCAUCAAAUGAAUAUGUAAUUGGGAUAGGGUUUUAUAGCAAACAGCUAAAAUCUCUUGAUGGUGGUGUAUUUCGGGGUUCACUGGAUGAAUGACUUCUUUGUUCAGACUUCAAAAUUAUUACUGGUUCAUGGGCCUGAUUGCCCAGGUACUAAAACAAUCAGCAUGCGUAGUAAUUCAUGUUCCUUGAGACUGAUGUGUUGUGUUCAGAAGAAAACAAUAAUCACAAACUGGUGCACAGGGAUAUUACCGGUUGCCUACUUAAUGUCUACUCUUCAUCUUACAACUUAUGAAUACACACAAUCAAAUGAAUUUUUAGUCGUAUAAAACAGUGGAACAGUAGGAUGCUGACAGGUAAGCAUUAUCCGAAAAAUACUGGUACUUUUGACUCAGCAUGAUAGAAUUUUAGUAAUAUAUGCAGACGUUCACCUCUCGUUAUCUUCCAUUGAGUUUGGUGUUUCUGACCCAACAAAAUCUGCUAAGACAAUAAUGUGAAAACCAUCUAUUCAUAUAUUUACAAAGUCUCAUUCCAUCAUUUCAUUUUAUAAUAGUUUGACUUGGUAUUUACUAAAACAGUACAUCAUACGUUGUCGUUGACUACGACACCUGAAGUGCUCGCAUCAUAAGCACACCAGUGACUUAAUUAGUGCCUACUCUUUAGACUAUAGUGGCACUCAAAAAUCCGUAAUAUUAGAGGUGUAAAUUAGAUAUUUCCUAAGUCAGAUUCAGAACCCAAAACGUGUUACAUCUGCUAUAAUUGCAACAGUAAACUCUAAACUUAGCCUUCAUAUAUACCCAAGUAAAAUGCUUACUAAUUGUCACUUCACAUUUCAGAAUAUGAACGAUAACCCGAAGGGACAUUAAACAAACAAUCAAAUGAAAAACUCAAACCAAAAAAAAUACAACAUAUAUAACACAUAUAUCACAUAUUUAUAAAACCCAAUUUCUGUAAUAAUAAUAUACAAAAUACAAAAAAUUAAAACCAAAAA